UUAUCAAUAUAUAGUAUGCACGCAAAAUAAAUAGUAAUAACAAACACCUUACCUGAUAAUAUAAUCCAACCUAGAUCAACCUUCAAAAUAUAUAGGAAUCAACCCACCACUAGCACAAAUAGACUUAAUACCCAAAUUCUAUGCAUAAUCCCUCUCUAAUACAAGAUAAGUAAAAGUCCAUUAAACAACAGUUCCAAAAUAGAACCAAAUCCAGAACCAAAUCUUCACUCAAACAAUCUUCGUUCGGACCGGGGUAGAUCUCCGAUCUACCACAUGUGAUUGGCCAACGGCCCUCCUCGCCUCGGCAUUGAACAGCUUCCAUGCGGGGACCUCGAUCCGAACGGGGCCCCGAAACAUCAACCCAUAUAGAGUAACUUUUAAUUAUUAUAUCCAACCCACAAUCCACUUCUCACUGAACCCAACCUAUAUCAUCUCUCACCAUACUGUUUAUAGACAAUAAUAAAUCAAUCCAAUAGAAGGGAAGAAAAGAGAGAAAAGGAGGAAAAAAAAUGUCCCCCACCAACUCCCCCAACCCCAUCCCCUUCUCCGAACCUCCCUACCUCCGCAACCUCCCAAGCCCUUACUACACAGAAGGCCAUCUGCGGUUCCAAAAAGCCUGCCGUGCAUUCCUGUGGGAGAACCUGAUCUCGCACGCCGCAGAAUGGGAGAAGGAUGGUCACGUUCCCGAGCAUGUCUUCGAGACCUUCUGCAAGCAUAACAUGUUGCUGCCAAAUCUGCCGGCGCCGUUGCCUGUCGAUUGGUUGAAGAGAUUGGGCAUUCAUGAUAUUUUGGGUGUUAGGGUUGAGGAUUGGGAUUAUCUUUAUACGGGCAUUUACUGUGAUGAGAUGGCCCGAUCAGGUCUUGCAGGCCCAGGCACGAGUCUAAGUGCCGGCUUCGCGUUCGGAAUCCCGCCCGUCCUCAAAUACGGGAGUCGGGAACUGCAAGAGCGUGUGCUGCCUGACAUGCUCACCGGCCGGAAGCGCACCUGUAUAGCCAUUACCGAGCCCGAGGCGGGUAGUGACGUGGCUAAUAUUACGACCACGGCGACUAAGUCUGCUGAUGGGAAAUUUUAUAUCAUUAAUGGGGCGAAGAAGUGGAUCACAAACGGUAUCUGGUCCGAUUACACCACGAUGGCCGUGCGCACCGGCGGACCCGGCGCCUCGGGCCUGUCCGUGAUGGUUGUACCCUUGAAGGGCUACCCCGGGGUGACCAUGCGCCGAAUUCACGUGUCGGGCACCAAAACCGCCGGAACAACCUACAUCGAACUCGACGAUGUCAAAGUGCCCGUAGGAAACCUGAUCGGUCGCGAAGGCGACGGUAUGCGAACCAUCAUGACGAACUUCAAUCACGAGCGCCUGACCAUCUCCGUGCAAUGCACGCGACAAGCCCGUGUGGCGCUCUCCGCGGCCUUUGGGUACUGCAUGAAGCGGGAGGCGUUUGGGAAGACGCUGAUGGAUCAGCCGGUUGUCCGACAUCGGUUGGCGAAGGCCGGGGCGGAGUUGGAGACGGUGUCGGCGUGGAUUGAGCAGAUCCUGUAUCAGCUGUGUAAGUUGGAGAAGGCGAAGGCGGCGAUGGUGUUGAAUGAGUGUGCGCAGUGUGCGGUUCUCUUGUUUGGAGGUGCUGGCUUGACGCAGGGCGGACAGGGUGAAAUUGUUGAAGCUAUUAUGAGGGAUGUCCCUGUGGCCAGGAUUCCAGGUGGUUCGGAGGAUGUUCUGCUGGACUUGUCUGUGAGGCAGCUUGUGAAGAUUUACCAGACCCAGGAGAAGAAGUUGGGCCAGGCGAAGAUUUAA